GAUAUUGGCAUUUGCCGUGCCAUCAUUGCAUACCUCAAGAGUGGCGGCGACCUGGGAGUGUACUGGAAGGUCUUGGGCGAACACGACAUCACCAAGGAGCACCUACACUCCUAUAGCCGGCCCAUCACCACCGAGCCCUACAUGGUGCACACGGACGUCGGAAGGUUAAUCGGCGACUUCGAGAGGUAUCUGGGUAUCCUGCGGAGCGUGCACGAUGCCCUGGACUUGAAGUUGGCUGUUGAUCAUGCGAAGCAUUGCUUGCCUGGCAACCUCCAAGGAAGACUGUACGAUUUGUGCAACAUGGGCGGCACUGGUUUCAACAACCUGGAUGAGGGUCACGGUAAGUUCAUGCGCAUUGCUGGCGCGAGAGACGAUAUCCUUGCAAUCCUGAACAACAAGGGGACGGAUGCCGGGGUGAUCAAGCAGCUGCUGGUCAUCGACUACACAUUAGAGACGCAGCAGAGUGUCCUAGUCCAGGGCAUGACCGGCGAGACGCGACUUCCUCAGCUGGAGGACGAGCUGCAGGCGCUUUUGGCUGACUGGAACACCUUCGCCCAGAACUGCGCUGCUCAGCGAAAUGACGAUUCCGCUCUCCUUCUGAAGGCGGAGACCCCAGUAGAAGGUGGUUCUUCGCUGGCGAUGACAGAGAAAUUCGGGAAGGGCUUGAUGCGUGGCGUUUUGGCGAAAGAGGCCCUGGCGGACCGAAUCAGCCGGGUAGUCGGCGAGCUGUCGGACAAGUGCCAGUCAAUGAUGGGUCCUAAGGUGGCGUUCCUGGGCGAGGCUGCUGAUAUUCCCAAGAAGAACAUUGACGUCUUCGUGGAUGAGGUUCUGCGUGGAACAUCGCUCAUGGCUGUGAGCUUGAUUUUGCAGCGGACGGAGCCGGUGCUGCGGGACAUUGCGCACUUGCCACCCUGGCAGAUGAUCUCGCCCAUUGACAAGCCAAUCCAGGGCGUCUUCAAGCUCAUCGACAAGAUGAUGGGAGUUCAGGGUGAGGUCUUCCACACACCUACCAUCCUUCUGAGUGGAGCAGUGAGUGGAGAGGAGGAGGUGCCAGAUGGAGUUUUGGGCGUCCUCGUGCGGAGCGCGAAGGAAGCGCCAGACAUCCUGUCGCACUGCGCCGUACGGGCGAGGAACUUCGGAGUUCUAUUGGCAACCUGCUUUGAUCCCAAAAUCUCGGAGAAGCUCGCGGCCGACUUUGCGGACAAGUGGGUUGAAGUAAGGUGCAAGCCCGAUGGAACCCUCAGUAUUGCAGAGGCAGGCGGGCAUGCGAAUGAGCGCAAACUGGAGGUUCAUGACUACAUGUACGAAAAGUAUGAGUGGGUUGUGGUGACCCAUGGACCUGAAAGUCCGAGCCUAGAGAGCGCGGAGGAUCUGAAGUCCCUGGUGGCGACUUCUGGUGGUAGUGCGGUUGAUGGAUCCAAUCCUGCCUGA